AUGGCUGGCCCAGUAGACAUCGUCGACCCUACCUCGCUCACUGUAGCGGGCUACAGCCACAGCUACCCAACGCCACCUCCAUUGUUAGACGAUAGCAAAGAGGCCAGCCAGCCUCCCUCAGACCAACCCCAAAAGAAGAAGAGGAAGGCCUGGGGACAGCCUGUUCCCGAAAUCAAACAGAUUCUCCCACCCCGAAAACGAGCCAAGACGGCAGAGGAGAAGGAACAGAGAAAGAACGAGAGAAUCCUCAGAAACCGCAGGGCAGCCGACAAAUCUCGACAGCGACAGAAGGCUGCUGUGGCAGAGCUAGAGGCCAGGCAGAUCCGGAUUGAGAAAGAAAAUGCCGCUCUCCGCGACCUCCUCUCUCGCUACCAGUCGAGAUUCGGUGUCCAAGCAGAUUUUCCUUUGCCUGUCUCCGUCGAAACCCCCAACAUGGAUCUCGACGACGCGGGGGAUGCAACACCGGCUCCAGAGUUGUAUGCACCUUCCAAUCAGCCACCCUUCACCCCGUCUUCUUUCAACGACUGUUCGGAUGCCGAGUCUAACCAUCCAACCUUGGUUCAAUCCGAGGAUUCGACUCCCAUGAAACACGAAUCCCCGGUGCUCGCUCCUCAACUCAAUCUCAUCCACGAACAUCCCGACGUUGAACAGACGGCUUCCGACUCGAUGGCAACGCUGUCAAGCUUCCCCACCGUCUCCGUGUCAGCCGGAGACCUGGGCUAUGAGCUUGCCAAUCUUCCCAUCGACCCCGAAACACAACCUUGGGAUCAGCUACCUGCUUCAGGUCUUCCAGACCUUGACGAUAUUUCACUCCUUCUCGACGACAACGCUCUUGCCGAUGUGCAAUCUUUUCCGGAUUUUGGCGCAGCGAUUGUCAAUGACCUCGACGGAACAGGAUUUCUCCUCCAUCCUGAUCAACUUCCCCCUAAUUCAUUCUUUGAUUUCGAUGCCUUCGACACCGACCAGGCCAGCGGUCUUUCGCAUGAAGCUUCUGAGCCGACUACUCGCUUGCAGCCCACACAUGGCGCGCCUCUUACUGGCAGCGACAGACCGGGCUUUGCAGCAAGUGGUUAG